GCUCCGCGGCCCUCCAGCGGAGCCGCGCCCCGACGAGCCCAUGUACGUCGCCCUGCCGCCGGGCCCGCAGGCCUGCGGCGCCGGCCCGCCGGCCGGGUGGCCGGCCGCGGGGCUCGUGCACGAGCGCUGGGCGCUCCCGGGGGCGCUCUGGGGGCCGGUCGCUCUGCUGCGAGCUGCCCGGGAGCGGCUGGGCCUCCACGGGCUCCACGCGCGCGUCCUGCGACGAGGCGCCAAGCUCCGACGCCAGCGCGGACCGCCCAGAGCCCGCGCGCAGGCAGCUGGCGCUGGAGUUCGACUCCAUCGGGGCUCAGCUCAAGAUGCUCGAGGAGGAGGAGGACCCCGGGCGCGUGCUGGUUGCCAGGCGGUGCCAUGCCUUGGGCUUCGAGUCGGAGCAGCUCCUUGUCAAUCACUGCUCGCAGUUCGGGCGGGUCAGCAGGGUGCUGGUCAUGCACUCGAGGGUGAAGCAGAAGCACAAGCCGACGGGCCCUGUGCGGCUCCGCCCUGGGAGCAUCGGCUUCAUCGUCAUGGCGGAGGCUGAGGGCGCCGAGCGCGUUCUCCAGGCGGGCGCUGAGCAGACCGUGGCCGGCAGGCGCCUCGAGGUCGGGCCGUUCAGGCGCCCCUCGCCUCAGCAGCGAGCCGCCGGGCACCGCUCCGCAGAACGGCGACAGUGGGGCGCCGACAGUUCUGUGUUCGGGGUGCCUCCAGCCGGCCACACAUCUGCUCACUCUCCCCGGGAGGCCUGCGGUUUCCCGCGGCGCCUUGCACCCACAAUUCUACGCGUUUAGCCUUGGCGCUGGACGCUUCCUGGCCUCGAGGGUGGAGGUGAGGAUCCCCCCUGGCGCACGACGAAACUCAUCCGUCUGCCACGCCAGCAGUGGCGCCGGACCUGAUGAAACGACAGGGGUCGCGGCCUCUCGGAGUCCACGACCCCCAAUUUUAAGCAGUAGGGAAAGGGGGGCCACGACCCGUCCACGCCCCCCGCCUGGAACCAGGGGGGGUCCCCUUUGGUUGUCCUCCCUCCUCCUGCCUCCUCGUCCUCUUGCUCGUCCUCCUCCCCCCCCCCCCCCUCUGGCGCGCCUCUGACAGCCCAGAUGGCUUGAGCCAGGAAGGCGGAAGCGGCUGGGCUCAAGUGCAGCCGGGUGGUUCCGACUGCAGUGCCGCCAGGCACGGCGGGCUUGUGGCGUGGUGUGUCACAACUCCACGGCGCUGCCGGGUACCACUGCGCGGGGGCGACUGGGCCAGAUGGGCUGCGGCCACGGCAGCGUCGGGUCUGCGGCGCGCUGGUGGGGCGGGAGCAGGAUACGAUCCAAAGAGGGGCAAGAGGAGGAAUUUGGAAAGAGUAGACGCCCGAUUCACAGCUUGAACGGAGUUCGGGCAUCGGUGUCGCCUGGCCUCCCACAGCCGACGGCUGCCUUGUGCCUCCCGCAGCCUGUCUGCUGCACUCUAAACGCGAGACACAUGCAUCGCACAGUUUUCACCUCUCACGUGUUUUGCGCAUAUUGAAUAAUAAUUUUGUAAUUGCUCAUACACAUGCCAAGUCCUGGCGGCGGGGUGACGCGUAUGUUCUGUACGGAAGCCCAGCUGAUUUGCCGAGCGCCGUGUGGCAUCAAUGGCAUUCGGAGUGAGCGUUGCUUGGCUGAUUUCAAUUCUUUAUGCUACGUGAUGUGUGCGCAUCGUUCAGCUGCACGCGCCUUCUCCAACUUGAAUUCGCACAUCGCAUCGUCAAGACAAUACUUGUGAUGCGGCUACGCGCAAGAACUUCGCAUAAGUUUUUGGUUGCCUCUUCCUUCUUGACAAUACGUGCUGUGUGUGUGCAGAAGCCACGCGGCCCAGUCAGCAGGGAAGCUGAAGUGGCCACUAAACUUGUCGGCGUUCGGCCCGAUUGUGCACAAACGCGCGUGCGUUGCGUGCUACACCGACUCGCUGCCUGGCGCGGCGCCUUAUCGACAGAAGCAGACGGGAGGGACAGAGGAGGAGGGCACGAUAUCCGAGGAUCAACAUAUUGAAUUGUGAGCGGAGUCCACAGGUACCACAAUCCCUUUCUUUCGGUCUCCUUCUCGUCCUCGUCUUCCAACUCAUGGCAAAUUUUUCAAUUGAUGCUGGGCUGUGGAGCUGGCAGACCAUGGCAAUGGACUCGGAGCCAGGGCGGCGCUGGCAGGUCACUGCAUGGCCAGACCGUGCAGACCUGCGUGAUACCGACGCCCUCGGGGCGACCGGACGAGGCCCCCCUCGGCGGCCAGCCCACGCGGCCCUGCCCUUUGAAGGAGUCGAGGGCCGCCUGCCCGCUCGCAGCAGAGGCGCACCCCCACUCAGUUUUGUCGGCCUGGUGCUGCGCAAACGCGCGUGCGUGGCGUGCUGCACCGGCUCGCACAGGGCGCGAAGUCGCGGCCUGGUGCGGCGCCCCAUCGGCACAACCAGGCGGGAGGGGCCGAG